UUAAUCUUUCUCUUUUGAAACGAAACACUACGACGCCCUUAAGGCAGUCUGCACUGAACUUUGUGCGAGAUUUAUUGUAUUGCAUUGGUGUUGCCGCGUUGUGGCACUAUGGCGUAGGGUUUGAUAUUUUCUAAAAUUGAUAUCAUUCGCAGUUUGACGAGACGUAAACGAUUUUUUCUUUGACUGUUCUAUCUCAUCUGUGGGGUGUGGAACUAGCAGGUGAGAACGUCCUGGUGAGAGCGGAUACUCAUACUGGAUGGUGUGUUGCGACAUUAGGAUCAGACCCUGUUGCCAAGAGGAUAUGACAUUUUGAACCAAAUGCUAUGGGACCAUCUGGAAGCACUUAGAUAGCGACCGAUCGUGGAGUAGGCAAAGUAAGGGAAAUUCGUAUAACUCAAAAGAGAUCCAGGGAAGUCGUAGGUCCAAUCCGAACCGACUAACAUCAUCGUCAAGGUGAAGACACACAAUAAGCGCCCUCCUUGACGAAAGCACCUGGACGAGCAACGUUGACGAGCUUGGCGCCUGUUCCUCUCGCUGCUAGGUCAUAGACGACGAGAGAGCAAGAUCUUCGAGUCGGGGUAAAACGCUUAAACAAGGGGUCUAAAGAGAGGGCGCAAUGCACAAGGCUGAUGUAUAUAUAAUUCAAAGAACGGUGACUUUGUACAAAAACCGACAUGCUUAGUUGUUCUGAACUGUUGAUCAACAUGAAGCGCUUCGCACUGCACUGCUCCAGCUCUCUUCGUCCUGCAUUUCGUAGGCAUUAUGGUAGCUGCAAGCCUCCUGGCAGGCCUUUCAGUACAAGCGCACCGGCACCUUCAUACCUGAGUAGAGGACGUGCACCAUUCUUGUUCGGACAGACCACGUCAGGGAGCAGCAGUUCCAGUUCUAGUACUAGAGAAAACACCACCAGAACAAGAUUUAGAAGAUUCACAGCAGCUAGUACAAGAACAACACCUUUGAUAUUCAUAGGAGUACUUCUAGGAGGAGCUACUACGAUCACAUUUUGGGAACUCUACAUCCGAAGAACUCAUCUCAAUCGCUGUAGUGCUGUGAGAGCCCGAUUUGAUGCGAUGCGGGUUGCGGGAGUAGAAUUCUAUGGGCGCGACGACGGGUUUACGACUGACCAGGCUUUGCAUGAGACUUUACAGCCUGGGGAUGUUUUGUUCUAUAGGAGAAAUCUAAGGGCACUUGCUUGGUAUGAAGCCUUCGGGGAGUGGUGGCACCGACGGACACAAGUUUUCGAAAAUGACGAACAAAACAACACGACCACUAGCAAUACUACAACAAGGGCCGCUGUUGUCGUACGACACACUCACACAAGGGACGACAAUACUAAAAAAAGUUCGAGCUCCUCGUCUCCUGCUUCUCUCAAAAAUGUGGAUAUAAAAGAUGAACUCUUUGUAGAGGGUGUGCUCUACAACGAUUUCCUCGCACGUCCGGAUGUGGGAGAUGUCGUGCUUCGAAGUUUGCAGGAGCAUCCGCGAAAGGGUACGGAAAUGUCAGAUGAUGACACCAGAGAUGUGGAUGUUCUUGUCCAUGACAUUCGGCAAAAGCUGACUCUCAACAAUGUCAACACUGGGAACCUGGAUCGCAAUCUGGUGACUGCGAACCUAGAUGAAGCUGGAGGAGCACAUGACGACUCUGUGGUUCGGGUAAGCUUAGCGCCGAAAAAUGGAUUUGUCACAGAAGCAGAGAAUCUCCAAGAAAAUGCCAGAUAUGAAAUUUUGAUUCCAACAAGAAUGCUCGGACCAGUAAUCAUAGUAAGAUGAAGUGAAGGGACGAGGACGACGCGAUGCGGGC